AUGUUAAGUACCUAUACAUUUCUUUCUGAUCAUUCGUAUUCUUUACGACCUGUUACUGAUGAAAACGAUGAAUUACCUUUAAAUCAACGCGAAGAAAAAACUAAAAAGCGUCAUAGAUCUUCAAAUCGUAGAAAUGGAACAAUCUCCACGACCAAUCGUGCGGUAUCAAUUGAUCGUAGUUCAAGUGAUAAAGAGAAUACUUCGAUAAUUAUAUUAAAUUCAAAUAAUACACCAACAUCUACAACAACCAGCACAUCAAGAAAUAAAAAUAAAUCAUCAGCAAACAAGAAAAAAUCGAUCGGAUCUCGUCGUACGCGUAUAUCUACACGAACUCUAGUAACUGAUUCACGGUCAGAAUCAACAAAAAAGCAAGAUAGCAAAAUUUCAUCAAAAACUGCCAUUAAAUCAACAGCUGCUAAUAUUAGUAAAAAGAAAAAAGUAAAUACUCAAGACAAAACAAAACCAUUAAAUGUCUCUCAAACGGAUUCGAGUGAUCUAUCACCAUCAUUAUCGAUUGAAGAACGUGUAAAAUUGCGCCGAACAAAACCUCUUCAACCACCGGCAACUAUAAUUGAAAAAGUAAAAUCUACAAAAAUAACUAAAACUAAAACAAGUUAUUCAUCAGUGAUUAAAAAAUCAAACAAAAAGAAAACUCCGUCUAGUAUUUCAAAACUUAAAAAUAAAAAAUUAUUUCUCGGAUCAGGUCUCGAUCUUGACAAUAUUGUACUUGGCAAUCGACAACGACGUUGUGUACGGACAUAA